GUGCCUCUUCACUUUCUUUCUCUUCUUUUUUUCUCUUCCAUUCUUUUUCAGGCACCUCGCUCCUAUUUGUUCCCUAUCCCAAUUUUGAACCCAUCACUGUACCUUUUUUUUGUAAAUUUUUUUUCUUUUGUUGAUACCCAAUAUCGAGCCAUGACUUCCACCAAUCGACCUAUCCAAUCGUUUCAGGCAUACUAUGAACAUCCUAAUUUGACGCCUGUGAAUGACACUAUUAUACCCCUACAACCUCGUCAUGACAAAAAAAAUAAUCAGCUUAUCAUCCUUUGGAGGGAUAUCCAAAAUGUUUUUGAGAAUGCCAAGUAUAUCAGAGAUGAUGAUGCUGUGAUUUCCUUCGAAAUCGACGACAAUUUUGAAGAGAUUAAACCAGAGAGGAUUCUCUAUCAACCAGGUAUAAUUCUCAAGGUCAUUGUGAGUGGUCAGCCUGCCUAUCAGGAUAGCAAUGCAGCCACAAUUGCUUUAGAGAGCGAGGCCAGUAUAUCCGAAGCGACUAUCAAUGCUCUCGACAUCACAGAGUUGAGCCUUGUCCCUCAUUCAAGUGGCCCCAGUCCACAAGGACAAGUAACUGGGAUUACCAUGCAUAAAGUGUACCAAUCCUUUGUCACCCAACAAGAGUUUAUCAAGGGUACCAUGCAGGAAGUUUGUGCUCAGCAGAGAGAAAUAAUUCAGUUGCAAACGCAAAUUGGUCAAAAAGUGGAUGAUACCAACCAGAUAACGCGAAUGACAUUUGACCUUGUGGCCGAUAUUCGAAACAGUGUUCAGGCUGUUUUUACUCAGACAUAUGAAUUACAUGAGUAUCCGAUCCCUCGUCUGUUCAUUGUACUACCCACUGCGUCUCGCUUCCGUGACAAGUUUGGCAAACCUUUUUCCCAUCAAUUUCGUCUUUACUUUUUAUGCGAGUGUGGUCAACACACCAUGCGAGAAGGGAGCAUGCUCCAGCAUAAUAUCCACCUAGCCAAACACGAAGGAUAUGAACUAGAUCAACCAACCGAGUUCUUUGAAAAGUAUGGCCCCUAUCUCCUCACGAUGAUGAGGAUGGUCAAGUUCGGGUUCACGGCUGCUGGGAUUUUUGUGCCACCAUUAGCACAGCUAAAGAUAGGGGAGGGGAUCGAGUACAUUCACGCCGGUGUUGACAUCGCUAAGAACACGAUUGGCUCUCUUGUUGAUGAGACUAUUAUCUAUAUUGAGAACAAGAAUACGAUGGCAGAAAACGGGGUUGACAUGGCAGAAGAUCAGACGGAAUUAGAUAGCUUGGAAGUGCUCGAAGGAGCGGAUUUGCGACAACUCGAAUCUUAUCUUAAAAUGCAAGACCAAAGCCGCACGCUUGGCAACCUCUAUCGAACAGUUACUGAGCAGGGACAUGUAAAAUGGGUAUGCAUUGAUCACUACCGCGAGAACUAUCGUGAAGCCGUAAUGGAGCGUGUUAAAGAACUUGUUGAAGUGCUUGGUGGCGAAUUCUUUCCAGAAGAGAGCAGAAUCAAGAUCAAUAUUCCCACCAAAACUCAGGCGAAGCUAUUUUACGACGCUAUAGUAAAAGCCCGUGGCAUACAAGAAUUGGAGGUUUCUCUCGGAUGGGAUGCAACAAUGGCAGAUCUUCGCAAAUUUACGGAGACAUUAUCCAAGGCCAAUAUUGUUUCGCUGAUUAUGGAUGGAAGUAGAUUUUAUGGACCACCGCUGGAUCUGGCAAACUACGGUCGCCGCUAUAAUCCUAUUUUGGAACUGAUGUCUAAUGGAAGGAUACGCUCGAUGACCAUCAAGAAUUUCGAGGACUUUUUUCAACAUAUCAGCAACUCUGCGUUAACUAUGGUGACUCAAAUUAAGUACCUUUCAAUAAGUGUCGGAUCAAUUUUCAUUGGCGAUGGCUGGCCUAUUCUGAAAAGGCUACUAGGGCAGUGUCCAGCGCUCGUUGAAUUGGUGCUUGACGGAUUUUACGUUAACGUAGGCAUAACCCUCGAUGGCCUGCUGGGCGAUGGUAAAAACGUCAAACUCAAAAAUCUUAAGAUGCUGAGGCUAGAGCAGGAUUCUUGCCAGAUUACGGCUGAGUAUUCACAUGGUCAGAUCAAGAGCAUGGCAAUGAGGGUCGAUGACCUCCGUGUAGUCAUCAGAGAUUACCCCAGUUAUCUAAAAGAUCAACUUACAAUGAUAGAGUUCUGGAACCCAGUUAAAACAACGGACUAUGAACACCUAGCUAACAUUCUGGAGGCCAAUCCGAAGCUAUUUCAGAUCCAGAUCGGCUAUGGCUCUGAAGCUGGCCCUAUGAUCAUGAUGAUUGCGUCAAAAAGGCAGGAACUUCUAGAAGCAGGAAGACCAUGUGCAUUACGCGAGGUUUUAUUCCCACAUUUCGAUGAAAACGUCAAGGAUAACCUCUAUGACAAAAUGAUAUCAGUAGAAUUCCCUGAUGCUAAGGACCCAUUCAACAUGUCCGUCAGUAUCGACAUGCGGAAUUUUACGACGAAGGGCUUUUCAACCCAUCUGUCUGGGCUUUUUGAUCUGCUUGGCCCAUAUAUUACGUCAUUAAAAGCAGACUCGACCCUUGACGACACACUUGCCGCUAUUUUGGACUCCAAGAGCGAGCAAGAAGGCUCAAGCCUGACGUGGUUGAGUUGCGAUCUCGAGUCGUUAACAUCCGCCGGUAUAGAGGCCAUGAUUCGUUUCAUUAAUCGUUCAGCAGAUCUCACCUAUUUCGGCGUUAAUUCGAGGAACUUGGAUGAUGAAAAUGAACGGAGCUUAGUACAGGAAUUGAUUAGCCAGCAUGGAUCACGGAUUAAUGCCGCCAUUCUAGCGGGAAACCCGAUGGAGAUGUGGAUAUCAGAUAUCGCAAGAGCAUGCCCAACGAGACACUACCUAUCACAAAUGGAGACUUUUGGUUUAACCUAUAAGGAUGAUUUCCCAUCUGACUAUGUCCAGUGGCUAUGUACCAUGUUUUCCGCGCCCAAACAAGCACAGCUGACGUUGGCAUCUUCACCCGCCGAACAUGAGCUUAAAUCGUCAAGCGGGGUAACACCUUCGAUGACAUGGCGGCCUCUUAUAAGGAUAUCACUCCUUGAGAUGAAAUUCCAAAGCGAAGAAUGGCAAACCAUAAUGAAGGCAAUUGAUUUUGCAUGUAUGGAAUUUCUGAACUUCGGGAUGACCAACUUUUCUCUGGAGGAAUUCUCGAUACUAGUCGACUGCAUUCUCGCGUGUGAUAUUUUGACGAUCCCUCUACGCCUUCUUGACCUUCGCGAAACUCAAUUGACUCUAUGUACAGAUAUUUUGAGGAUCCAAGAACAGUUCUCGAGACUAAAGGCAAAAGCGAUGCAUCUCAGGGUAGAAGGGCUUCCAAAGCUGGACUGAGUACAUGUUAGACUUCUAUAUAUUUCAGCCCAAUAACAUAAACUAUCAUCAAAUUCUUAAUAUGUCAG